CCCUGACAAGCAGCCUAUCAGUCUGUCCAGAAUCUGAGAGCUGCACCAGCGCGCAGGGUUGUUUAUAUUUUCCAUCACUUUCCUUUCCACUUGACCGUGACUCUGAAGCCACUUAUGCUGCAAGAGACUGGAGCAAACUGUUGGAUUUUACUUCUCGCUCCUUAUUUUUUGCUCUCUUUUCAUUGCAUUGCGUCUCGAAAGAAACCAUUCUGAAACGGCAUUCGUUAAAUACAAGUGUCAAAAUGCCGGUGAGUGCGAGUUUGGCGUAUAAAAACUACGAUUACGACUACGACUCCAUCCAGCCCUACUUCUACUUCGAUAACGACGAUGAGGAUUUUUAUCACCAUCAGCAAGGACAGACUCAACCUUCAGCCCCCAGCGAGGACAUUUGGAAGAAAUUCGAACUGCUGCCCACACCGCCCCUCUCGCCCAGCCGGAGACAGUCGCUCUCCACCGCGGAACAGCUGGAGAUGGUCAGCGAGUUCCUGGGAGACGACGUGGUCAGCCAGAGCUUCAUCUGCGAUGAUGCGGACUACUCCCAGUCCUUCAUCAAGUCCAUCAUCAUCCAGGACUGCAUGUGGAGCGGCUUUUCUGCCGCUGCCAAGUUGGAGAAAGUGGUUUCGGAGAGACUGGCGUCUUUGCACGCCGAGAGGAAGGAACUGAUGUCUGACAGCAGCUCAAAUCGACUAAACGCGAGUUAUUUGCAGGAUCUGAGCACCUCUGCAUCAGAAUGCAUCGAUCCUUCUGUGGUCUUCCCAUAUCCUCUGACAGAGUGUGGGAAAGCCAGCAAGGUUGCGCCAUCGAAGCCCAUGCUGGUUCUGGACACUCCACCUAACAGCUCCAGCAGCAGUGGCAGUGAUUCAGAAGAUGAAGAAGAAGAGGAUGAGGAGGAGGAAGAAGAAGAAGAGGAAGAGGAAGAAGAAGAGGAGGAAGAAGAGGAAGAAAUUGAUGUAGUGACUGUGGAAAAGCGACAGAAAAGGCACGAGACGGAUGCUUCAGAGUCGAGGUACCCCAGUCCCCUAGUUUUGAAGCGCUGUCACGUCUCCACCCACCAGCACAACUACGCCGCCCAUCCGUCAACGCGGCAUGACCAGCCAGCUGUCAAAAGGCUACGACUUGAGGCUAGCAACAACAACAGCAUCAACAGCAGCAGCAGCAGCAGCAGCAACAGGCAUGUGAAGCAGCGCAAGUGUGCGAGUCCUCGGACAUCGGAUUCUGAGGACAAUGACAAACGCAAGACUCACAAUGUGCUGGAGCGCCAGCGCAGAAACGAACUCAAACUAAGCUUUUUCGCACUACGGGAUGAGAUCCCUGAGGUUGCGAAUAACGAGAAAGCGGCUAAAGUGGUUAUCUUAAAGAAGGCAACAGAGUGCAUCCACAGCAUGCAGUUGGAUGAGCAGAGGCUGCUGUCCAUCAAAGAACAGCUGAGGCGAAAGAGCGAACAGUUAAAACACAGGCUUCAGCAGCUGCGGAGUUCACAUUAAUGAAUCUGUGUCACAAGCGAAAAGACUUUCCAAGAACUCCCACCCCCCUGCUUUUUUAUGCAAGACUGUUGCUGUGUAUAGUUUUAACGUUGCAUGUCAAAUGCAUUUUUUUUUCCUUUUGAAUAUUGUCAACUUUUUUCAUGUUUGAAACUGCCAGUUUGGUUGCAAACUGCAAGGUUGUUCAAAUAAUUUGUAUUUAAGGCAUUUAUUUUUAUUAAUAAAAUAAGAAAAAUAUAGGGAUGCACAACCCUAGAGUAAAAUCGUUUUGUAAGUUUUUGUAUAUAAUGAAUUAAUAUUUCCUAAGAAAAAUAUUUUUGAAUCUGUAUUAGAU